AUGUCUACGGCGAUCGAUCUCGACACUUACGGACAAAUACUAGCAAAUGGCAGCUGUACAACGAUAGACAUUUCUCGAGAGUCAUGGGAGCCAGCAGAGCCGCUGUCAACAAACGAGAGUUAUGACUUCCCUAGCAAGGUUAUUGCACAUUACUAUGGUAAUAGUGAUGAUGAUCGUGAACCGGAUGAAGAAAAAGAUGAUGAAGAAAAAGAUGAUAAAGAAAGAAACAGGUUCCUUUAUGACAUCAGUCGUGCUGGUAUAAUCAGACGGAUAAUCAUAUUUUGGCUCAACCAAGAUUGGUAUAAGUAUGAUCCGGAUCACGCGAAUAUAAGGGCAAGAUUCCUGCGAGGUGGUGUACCCGUCACCUUCAAUGUGGUGUUUACGGAGGUUCCUGAGAUCAUGCGUUAUCCGCUUCCGCCGAACCCACAUGUCGUGAUCAUUGCCACACAUCCGCAGCAAAUCCAGUCACCUGAAUCCGGGACUGACUCCUUGUGCUCAAUCGAACUUAACCUGAUCGGCGAUUUGGGGAGAAGGUACUCUCCCCUUAUCUCUCGAGACAUUUCCAAGAUUCGAUCUCCUAAGAGUAACCAGACGAGAGUUUUCAAUGAGAAGCCGCCUUUCUUUGAAUAUCUUCCGAUUCGGCUUGUCUCGAUUAGUGGUACAAGGGUGCGCAUCAUUGACGCCAAAUUCUCAUUCGCCUACAUUCUGUUCAACUUGCGCUGGGGGAAAGGACGCUUAUCAAAGCAGCAGCUCGAAACACCAUAUGAAGAUGCUAGACUGGAUCUCCACAUCAGCAAGUAUUAUGAUAUGAAGAAUGACAAUGAUUACAUGGAGUUGAUGGCCGAUAUCUUACGCAAGCCCAAGACUGUGCCUCUGAUGAGGGAAACUCAGCAGAAGCACUAG